AACACCCCUCCACAUGGCCUAGCCACCCCCCCUGCCUCCCUCCCUCAGUCCGGCUCAGCUCGCUCAGUGUCAGCCCUCAGAGCACGCACCGGGCCCGGAGACUCCCUGAAAACUGUCUGCGCGCAAAGUGUCUGUAUGCAGGCUGCGAGAGCGCAAACCUGUGUGCGUCGUUGUGUCCAGCCGUGAGUUUCUCUCCGAGUGAAGCAUGGAGGAGUUAGCCAGAGAGAGCAUCAGCCUGCUGGCCUCAGCCUCAACCAAGCCCUCGCUGGAUGUCGCCGCCGGGCCUCGGCUCGGUUCUAUGGGGGCCAUUUUCAUCAUGCUGAAAUCUGCUCUGGGCGCCGGACUCCUCAACUUUCCCUGGGCCUUCGAGAGGGCAGGGGGCAUCCGCAGCGCGGUCACCGUGGAGCUGAUCUCCCUCGUGUUCCUGAUCAGUGGUCUGAUCAUCCUGGGCUACUCCUCGUCCAUCAGUGGACAGUGCACGUACCAGGCGGUGGUGAAGCAGGUUUGCGGGUCAGCCAUCGGUCAGCUGUGUGAGAUCUGCUUCGUCUUCAACCUCUUCAUGAUCUCCGUGGCCUUCCUUGUGAUCGCAGACGAUCAGCUGGAGAAGUUGUCUGGCUCCCUGUAUGAGCUGGUGACAGGCUUGCCGGAGUCAGAGAUGCAGUAUCACUUCUACACGGACCAGCACUUCGCCCUAAUGCUGCUCUGUGUCUUCCUCAUCCUUCCAAUGUCCAUCCCCAAAGAGAUCAGCAUUCAGAAAUACAUAAGUGUUCUCGGCACCCUGGCUGCGACCUACCUGACCAUCGCCAUCAUCAUCAAGUACCACACCACGCCCUCUGUUCUGGUUCAUAUCGCCCCGCUCUACACCAGUGGGAUCAGCUCCUGGGCCUCCAUGUUCAGCGUCAUCCCCACCAUCUGCUUCGGUUUCCAAUGCCACGAAGCAUCCAUCGCCAUCUACAGCAGCAUGGAGAACCAGCGGCUCUCUCACUGGGUCUUCAUCUCAGUGAUCUCCAUGAUCAUCUGUCUCGUCAUUUACUCCCUCACAGGAGUUUAUGGGUACCUGACCUUUGGAAAAAACGUGAAGGCUGACAUUCUUAUGUCGUACACUGGUGAUGACAUCCUGAUGCUCAUCGCCAGGCUGCUGUUUGGAAUCUCUAUAAUCACCAUCUAUCCCAUCAUCCUGCUGCUGGGCAGAUCAGUGAUCCAGGACCCUCUCCUGAACUGGCAGCGGCGGCGUCACAGAGAGGUGACGGUGGCGUUUGAGAGCCGCAGCCGUUGUGCGCUGACGAUCCUUUGGAUAGCAGUUACGCUGCUCAUCGCCACGUGUGUACCAGACAUCAGCAAGGUCAUCAGUGUCAUCGGAGGAAUCAGCGCCUUCUUCAUCUUCAUUUUUCCAGGACUCUGCCUGAUGUUUGCCAUGCAGUCUGAGCCAGUGUCCUGGAAGACCAGAGUCAUCUUCACUUUUUGGGGAGUUGUGACCUUGAUCUGUGGAGCUUUCAUCUUCGGACAGAGCACCACCCUCGCUGUCAUGCAGCUCCUUGGAAGGAUCUGAACAUCUCCUCGUCACUUACCGAUCUUUGAUGGCUGGAUCUUAACUUGUACUCUCACAUUCCCUGAAAUAACUCACUCUGAGUAACGGCCCCUGGGACUCUUAACAAACGGACCUGACCCCUGAACAAAUGAGAGGCUCUCAAAGCCUGAGUCCUGGAAAGAUAACCCAGAGUUCAGGUUCACGUUCAUUAGGUUUGACGGUUCUGAGUUUACCUUGGUGAUGAACUGUGAUAGCCUGUCCAAUAUCCUCAGGUAUUUCUUCAGUUUGAUCUUACUGUUGUACAUCUGCAGUCCUCAUAUUCACUAUUCACAGUAUUAGAAAAAAUCUCAUCACUUGUUAAUUCCUCCAGUCCUUCCUGAACUCUUUAUUCUCCUAAACAGUGGACACGUUAACUCUUUAUUAUAGUAUGUGACAGAUAGUGAAACAUGUUGCAGUAAAGCGGGAGGCUUCUGUCUCUUUCUGUCCCUCCAUGUUAUCAGUGGAGUACUCGCUGUAGAGCUACAUUAGACAAAAGAGUACUUCAGGGUGCCACAAGGGAUGAGAUUGAAUUCUUUACAUGUAUAUUUGGUUGCAUAUGUAAAUAUGUUGUGUUGUGAUCUCGGAUGUAUGGAUAAAAAAAGAUUCUGAUGUUUGAUAAAAAUGAAAUGUCUAAUGUAAAGUAAUUAGAUUCACUCAUUCAGUGAAAGAAAAGAUGAUCAAAUAAAUCAUGUUAAUAUCGAG